AUGGCACACAAAGUGAAGAUUGCGGCGAGGCUGCGUCCGCGUAUUGGCGCGGAACUGGAGGACGACUCGAUUCAGGUUGUGAAUGAAGACGGGGGAUCGUGUAUUUGCGUUGUUAAUCCGAGGGACCCCAAUUCCUACUUCCGAUUUCCUUUUUCUUCUUGUUAUGACCAGUCAUCGACGCAGGAGGAGAUAUUCGAGAACGACGUCCGACCUUUGAUUGACGUAGCAUUUCAUGGAGUCACAGUAACGAUAUUCGCGUAUGGUGUGACGUCGUCAGGGAAAACCCAUACAAUGCAGGGAACUAAGGCAGAGCCAGGAGUCAUCCCGAGGGUUGUCAGGGCAUUAGUCGAUCAGAAGUCUGCGCUGCCACCAGGGAAGGUUUCUCUGGCAGCUUCGUACUAUGAGAUAUACCGGGACGACGUUUACGACCUAUUCGUGCAGCGUGACCAGGCACCCAAAUUACCUGUUCGCGAGAACGACGUCGGCCAAGUGUUCGUGGCGAACCUGUCCACCGAGCCGAUAGACACCUAUGCCGAUUUCGACGCCCUCUUCUCUCGCGCUAACAAGCAGCGCUCCGUCGGCGCGACGAAUCUGAACCGUGCAUCCUCGCGGUCGCAUGCUAUACUCAGUAUGGAAAUUACUAUGAGGGACGAGGACAAGAUCCUCACGGGCAAGAUCAACCUGGUGGACCUGGCGGGCUCGGAGAACAACAAGCUUACUGGAAACGACGCCACUCGCAUGGCAGAGUCCGCUGCUAUCAACAAAUCCCUCAGCGUCCUCGGGCAAGUCGUACACGCACUAAAUCAAGGAGCUUCACGGAUACCCUAUCGCAACUCGAAGCUCACUCGUAUUCUUCAAGACGCUCUCGGCGGAUCGUCUGUAGGGUUGUUAAUAUGCAAUCUCGCGCCUGGCGCCAAGUUCCGCCAAGAUACCCUAAACACGCUCAAUUUCGCUGUCCGCACCAAGAACGUCGAGAACAAACCCGUCGUCAACGAACGUGAUAAUGCUCCCCCGCCAAGACGCCACUUCGCCGCUGCACCUCCACCAGCGCCCAAGCUCGCCCCGGCUGCCUUACCGCCCGCGUUCAACUCCACAGCAGGGCAUUCCCGGCAAUCGCUCGCGGGCCCCUCGCGUGUGCCGAGACCCUCGAUGGCUAUGGCUGGCCGCCCGAGUAUCGCGCCCGUCCACCAGAAAACACGCCAGCGCGCGCAGGCACCUCCGCCUAGCACGCUUGUUACACUCAGCGAGAGCGAGAUCGACGCCAGAAUAGCGAAGGCCGUGGAGGCGGAGGUGGCGAGGCGCCUUGCGGCUGCUGAGCAGGCGCGCCGGGAAGAGGAGGAGGAGCGCAGCGUCGAGCAGGAGCUGUCGCGGUCCGAAGAGGGCCCGUCUGUGUCCGGCUCGACGUCGAUGGACUCGGAGAAGCCGAUACCCUCUGGGAUACUCACCCCGCUGUUGAAACGGCACAAGGACCUCGACGACGAGCUCCGGCAGCGCUUGCAGGAUCUAGAGAAGAAAUUCGAACGGAGUAGCAAGGAGCUGCAGCUGGUGGACGUUCUUUCGCCCGUAUCAAGGAAGAAGACGGGACGCGCGUACGUGGCGCUCGCGCGGGCCCACUCAGAGAAAGGCAACCUCCAAGUGGCGCUAGAGCUGUACCGCAAGGCCGAGACGUACGUGCCGGAUAAUAUGAAGCUCAAGGAACGGAUCAUCGAGAUCGAGUGGGCUGUCAAGAACGGCAAGGAGUUCCAGCCUUCGCCGAAGAAGGCCAAGAAGCCCAAGGGCAAGAAACGCUCGCGCUCCAAGGGCCCUAAACAAGCCCGGCAGCCUGACCCGGCGGGGCAAGACGAGAACGCAGAUCCCAAUGUCCUCGAGGAAGCCAUGAGCAAGAUCGGCAAGAGGCCCGUGGGCGAGCUAGGGGAGGGGGACGACGUGAGUGUCCAGACGCCGCCGAAGAAGAUGAAGACGGGGUUUUCGGUCCUUGAUGGGAUUGACGAGGCGCAGGAAGUGGACCCACCGGUCCUCGGGAAGAAGGGGCAGAAGAGGUUAGAGAGUCCGUUGUGAGCGGUAUCUGUAUGUUGGUUGUAUGGCCUGGAGUGGGAUUGUAUUCUAAUAUGUAUAGGACUCUCGGCGUUGGAUGGGUGUCCGUUUCUAUCACUGACAUCAAGGCGGAUUCCUGGUCAUGUGCGUCGAUACUUUCUUUCACUAGCCUACAUUAUCUUCCCGGCCCCCUUCCGCUCUUAUGAUGAGCAUUUGGGCUGCUUUGCCUGCUACUCAGCUCUGCGAUCAUGGACCUCACCAACUUUGCGAGCCUCGCAAUUGAAAAUGAAUAUUCUAUCCUGCAUCCCACAUGGGUAUUGUACAUUUCCCGAAGAACAUCA